GUCCAGCACAGGCCAAACAAAGAGCAAACAUAUUGACCCACACAAGAUGGAGAGUGCUCGCUGAAAGACGACGCCAGGCCACGUUGGUCGCUACUAUGGCGGCGUCGCUGCUCUCCGAGACCGACAUCAGGCACCGGUCCAUGGCGGAGGAGGACCCGAACGGCAACGAGCACGGGGCGGCAGCACGCAGCGCCGCACCCCGCUGGGGACCGCAGCACGCCGGAGCCCGGCAGCUGGCUCGGCUCUACUCUCCCGGUAAGCGUCUCCAGGAGUGGGUGUGUGUGAUUCUGUGCCUGGUUCUCUUCAUCAUCAACUUCACCUUCCUCCUCCUGCACUUCUCCACCGUGCACAUCUGCCAGAUCGUUCUGGGCAUCGUGCUCGGAAUAUUGACAGCAGACUUUGCAUCUGGGAUGGUACACUGGGGGGCCGAUACCUGGGGAUCUGUAGACAUCCCUGUUAUUGGCAAGGCGUUUAUUCGUCCAUUCAGGGAGCAUCACAUUGACCCAACUGCCAUCACCCGCCACGACUUCGUUGAAACCAAUGGAGACAACUGUAUGAUCCCCAUUUUGCCACUGGCACAUAUGGCCUACAAGUUCCUCACUCACACACCAGAGGCCUUGGCGGCGUCCUACCCCUGGGACUGCUACGUCCUCGCCCUGGCGGUGUUCGUCACAUUGACCAACCAGAUUCACAAGUGGAGCCACUCUUACUUCGGGCUCCCGCGCUGGGUCACGCUGCUGCAGGAUUGGCAUGUGGUGUUGCCGCGGAAACACCACCGCAUCCACCAUGUCUCGCCACACGAGACGUACUACUGUAUCACCACGGGCUGGUGUAACUAUCCACUGGACCAGCUGGGUUUCUGGAGACACAUGGAGCGUCUGAUUGAGAGACUGACGGGUCAAAAGCCUCGCUCUGACGACUUGGCCUGGGCUAAGAAGACCGACUGACAGAUGGGCUUGCAUAUGGAAACAUAGCAGAUAAGAAGAACAUAGAUGUAUGGGGAGGAAAGCACACACACUGUACAUUAUACAUUUUCAGUGCAUUCUUCAUUACUGUAUUUCUGUGUGUGCAGAAUUGUAUCUAAAAAGGUUUGUGGAAAAAAAUGCCUCGUAGUUCCACUGAUAGCAGUCAAUCAUCUUGUUAUUGAAUGCUCAUUUUAACCAAUCAGGUGUAGUAUUGUUUUUACGUCUCGUAGGAAGCUUUUGGAGGUUGGGCUCUCCAGGAGUGAGACCAUGCUGCCUCUCACACAAACACACACACACACA